AGAGCCGCGCGCCUAGACUCGAAAUCCGGAACGACCGCUGGGUGGAAAGAAACUACGGCAUGAAGACAAACGUUUUCAAACUAAGCAGACAGUAACAACUUCUCGUCAGAAAGUUACAGCGACAGUUUGACAGCAAGAAGGGUGGUCGCGGUUUGAGGGUGUGUUCCUACAUUUUUACAACUUGCCUCAGAGUAACCUCUUUAUCCAAUGGCAUAUGGUAGACUUCAUGACCACUGAAGACCCCUGUGUCUAGUCUUCUAUGGAGCCCGACCAAGAAAUUACUCGGUGGCUGACCAGUCUGCACCUGCCCCAAUAUGCCUCCAGCUUCUCCCGGGCUGGCUACCGUCGCUUUAAGGACCUCAGGAGCCUAACUGAAGAGAAUCUUCUCGAGAUGGACAAUAUUCCCACAGGACACCGGCGGAGGAUCCUAGGCAGCCUGGAGUCCCUGAUGAUGGAAGUGGAUGGAGGUAAAGUGCCAGUGAGGAGAAAGCCGAUCCCAAGACCUAGACAGGUGUUUCCCAAAACUAAGCAGAGAGGAACAUCUUGUCUGCAUUCUCAGGGCAGUAACAUCCAGAUGACAAGCCAAACUCUUUCUUCAAGGACUACUGCUGAUUCAGAACGGAUGGCUAUUGGUUCUGCUACACUUCCUCAUACACUUCCUAUUGUUACAUCCCACAUUGUUUCCUCCAGCUCUAGUUCCGCCUCUGAGCAUGGCAGCAGUGAAUCACUGGAGAACUUUUCAGAAGAACCUGUCCCAGAUGAGAAUGAUGACUUUUCCUCAGAAGGAGCUUCUCUAGGCUUUCAGGGAGAAAUGGUUGAAAACGAAAUAUAUGAGCAGUGCACCUUCAUUAAGGAACCCUCUGAGCCGAGGUCUACCCGCUCCUUUAAAUUACGACACAGGCCUGUACCAGAGAUCCCUGAACAUCCCUUCAUACCUCCUUAUGACUGGAAUGUGGCAGCAAACAACAAUGACCAUCUCACAAAAUCUGAGGAACCCAUCUGCCCCACAGGCAGUCAGAAAGCAUCACUUCAAAGGACCUUGUCCCCCAUUGCCCCAUAUGGAGAGCUUUUUCUGUACAAUUCAGCAGAACAGGAACCGGAUGUGGGCAAUGAUGUUAUGUCCAGUCAAGGAGUAAAAGAGAACCGGGAUCAACAGAAGUUAAGAAACAAGCAGACACAAAACCAAGAAAGAGCACACGAUAACAAGAAGCAAGACCUUUCCAAGCAGCAUUAUGUCCAUGAUGAUGAUGAUGAUGAGGAUGAUGAUGAUGAUUACUCCACUGUCCAAGAAUCCACGAUUAGUCAGCGAUUGGCUAAUGAAUGCUCUUUUAAACAUCCUACAAUGCCUACUCUUCUCUCGAGCACUGGACCAUCAGCUUUGGCCAAGCCACAAACAGAUGUGAAGGACAAAUACAGUAUGGCACAAGAUGACCUGCCAGGCCUACAGAGACCAAACCUUCCUUCUCUAAAAGAAGUUUCCAUUUCUCCCUAUGCCUGCUUCUAUGGGACCCGUAAUGCUGCCACCAAAGCAGGCUGGCUAGACAAACUCUCUCCGCAAGGGAACUGUGUCUUUCAGAGAAGAUGGGUGAAGCUUGAAGGAGGAAAUCUCACUUACUACAACAGCGAUAAGGAGAUGUACUCGAAGGGCCUGAUACCUAUUUCAGCAGUUAAACAAGUUCGUGCUCUGGGUGAAAACAAGUUUGAGGUGGUCACAUCUGUAAGAACCUUUGUGUUUCGGGCAGAGAAAGAAGGAGAACGUCAGGAUUGGCUAGAGGUUCUCCAGUCUGCUGUGAUCUCCCAGCCCUCCAUUUCCCAUCAGCCUCGCAAAAAUAACACAAACAAGAGUGGCUAUGUCGAGCUGCGUGGCCUCAAAGGAAGAGUCUACUUCAGCCUCAUGGGAACCAGCUUCAGACUCUGUAAAACAGACCAGGACUUUAAUACUGGGCUGGCCAUCACUGUGGUGGACCUGACGGCUGCGUGUGUCAAACAAGUUGAGAGGAAAGGAUUUGAGAUCACUACACCUUUCAAAUCCUUCUGUUUCACAGUGGAGUCAGAGCGUGAGAGAGAGGAGUGGAUAGAAGCAGUUCAGGAGUCCAUCGUAGAGACGUUGUGCAAUUACGAGGUGCUGGAGAAGGUUUGGUUCAACAAGUCCAACAGGAAGUGUGCUGACUGUCAGGCUCCUGAGCCGGAAUGGGCCUCCAUCAACCUGUGUGUGGUCAUCUGCAAGAAUUGUGCUGGUCAGCAUCGAUCCCUGGGACCUGGAAUCUCGAAGGUCCGCAGUAUGAAGCUAGACAGCAGCAUAUGGACCAACGAGCUCAUUGAGCUGUUUUUAGACGUUGGGAAUAAAAAUUCCAACAGCUUCUGGGAAGCAAAUCUUUCCCCAGAGGAGGAACUUUGCAAGCAGCCAUCGCUGGAGCAGCGUGCAUCCUUUAUUCGCAGGAAGUACAAAAAGAGGAAGUACAAGAAAGUUCUAGAAGGUCUAAACACUCAAGAGGAACUCAACAAGGCGCUGUGUGCAGCAGUGGUUCUCCCUGACAUCUUGCAAACCAUGGCCCUGGUUUUCAGUGGGGCGGAUGUGAUGUGUGCAACCGGUGAACCUGAGUACUCCACCCCGUAUCUACUGGCUCAGAAAGCAUCCCAGAGGCUGCAGAUGGAGUUUCUCUACCACAACAAGCUCUCAGAUUUUCCUAAGCUGGAAGCAGUAUUUGACAGCAGUUUUUCGGCUGAUGUUCCUUCUUUUAUGGUUGGACUUCUCUAUUGCUCUGUGAAUGCCGGCAAGGCCACUCUGGACCGGAAAGGAAGACCUGACCUGGUCCGCCGUUGGUGUACGUUGGAAGGUGGAUUUCUUAGUUACUAUGAAAAUGAGAAGAACGCUAUACCCAUAGGCCGGGUUGACAUCAGCGAUGUGGUGAGCCUGGCCAUCAGCAACACUGAGAACAUCACUGAAACAGGGCCAGUGUUCACCUUUGAGUUGUACCUGCGCUCUCAGAGAGUGCUGGUGUUCGGAGCGGAGACCUCAGAUGCACAGCAGGAUUGGACACAUGCCAUCGCCAAGUGUUUUGUCACGCCAAGGGCAGAUGCUCUGCUGAGGCAGGACAGUGAGCUUAUUGGCCGACUACACUAUAAGGAGGGUCAUGACCUUUAUCAUUGGCGAAUGGGAUGGUUUGCUCUGGUGGGCUCAGAACUCUACUUCCGUUCUGGAGAUGAAGAUGAAGAGGAGGGAGUUCUUCAACUCAAACGCCUACAGGAGCUUACUGUGUCCACUCAUAUGGAGGGUGAUGAGAAGAUUCAGGUCUUGCUCAUGGUUGAGAGUGGGAGAACUGUGUACAUACAUGGCAUAACCAAGCAGGACUUUGCACUGUGGCAUUCUUCCAUCCAGUUGGCAGCUGGGACGGACGGUAUGGCUCUCGGCAACCAGCAGAUGAAUAAAAAUGAUGUUCCUAUCAUUGUGGAUAGCUGCAUUGCUUUUGUCACCCAAUAUGGUUUGUGUUAUGAGGGAAUCUACCAGAAGAACGGUGACCCGGGCCGUGUGGCCCAGCUCCUGCAGGAUUUUACCAAGAACGCUCGGGUUGUUAAGCUACGGGCUCAAGACCACCGGCUAGAGGACGUCACAGACACACUUAAGAGCUUCCUGUCUCACAGUGAAGACGCUCUAUUGGCUAAAGAGCUGUACCCUUUUUGGAUCUCUGCCCUUGAUGAACAGGAUGAGAAGGUUAGAGUGCAAAAAUAUUCAUCCUACAUUCAGAGUUUACCCAAAGUCAACAGGUCAACUCUUGGUGCUCUGCUGCAGCAUUUGUACAGGAUCCAGAGGUGCUCGCAUAUCAACCAGAUGAACACGCAGAAUCUGGCGUGUGUUUUCUCCUCGUGCCUGUUUCAGACGGAGGGACACACAGCUCAGGAGACCCGUGUGGUGGAAGACCUCAUCAACAAUUACAUCCAGCUCUUCUCUGUCAAUGAAGAGCAGGUUAGGCAAAUGGAGAAAGAAAACAGCUUUAUCACCAGGUGGAAGGACACCACAUUCUCUCCUGCUGGUGACCUGAUAUUUGAAGUCUACUUGGAAAAAAAGGCGCCAGAGAAGUGCUGUUUAAUCAAGGUGUCUCCUAGCAUGAGGUCAGACGAGCUUGCCAUCAGCACUCUGGAGAUGAAGGGGAUAGAGGUCAAAGCUCAAGAUCUCUGGACCACUUUUGAGGUCAUUGAGAAUGGAGAGAUGGAGCGGCCCUUACACUACAAAGAGAAGAUUCUGGAGCAGGUAUUGGAGUGGAGCUCUCUGGAGGAUCCCAGCUCAGCCUUCCUGCUCAUUAAGAAAUACUCUGGUUCUAAAAUGACAGAUUCCAACUCAGAUAAACUGAAAGAUUUCAUUAAAGGAGAGCAACUCAAAUUCAAAGACGGUUCUUCCAAACUGCUUUUGGGGAAUAAGUUUCAGGACCGAUACCUGGUACUACAAGACAAAAAACUGCUGUUAUACAAAGACAUAAAAAGUACCAAACCAGAAAGAGAGGCUCCAUUAAAGUCUGUUAAAUGUUACUUAGGGCUACGAAGGAAGUUGAAACCAACAAGCAGUUGGGGAUUUACUGUUUAUACUGAAAAGCAGCAGUGGUAUUUCUGCUGUAAAGGGAAUGAUUCUCAGCAGGACUGGGUCACCUCCAUUAUCAGAGUGAAGCAUGCCAGUGACUUAUGGCCUAAAGACCUAAAGCAGAGUGCAUCGUUACCUUAUAACCUGAGCAGAGGAAGAACAUCCACUUACAGCACUGCAAAGACCAGCACAACCAAACAUCAGAGAGAGGCUAAAGGGAAAUCAGUCCUCGCUACAAGUAUAGAAGGUUCAAAUACACAAAACCAAAUGACCACAGAUGUGAGCAACCAACCGGACUUGAUGCAUAAAUUGGCAAGCAGUGAAGGAACUCCGAGUGUCUCCGGGCUUGAAAUGGUGAUUGAUGACACACUCCAGUCUCUGCGUAGACCAUCACUUCAACAGGACCCCAGCGCUCUCACCCAGCUAUCACAGAAGGCAGCUGUGUUGCCCAGCAGAGGUGCGCAGUUGCCACAAAACCUCAUUAAUGAACUAAGUACUGUUCUCAGCAAAACAGGGCGCUCUCUGAAAGAAGACAAAUAAGAGAGACAUACAGAGACUGAAAGACAAGAGCCUUGUCCAUUGCACUUCCAUUGUGCAUGAAGAAAAACCAAGACCAACCCACAAAGCACAAUAGCCUCUCCAUAAGGAAGUCGAAUGUACUACGACAUAGAGAGUAAGUACAGUAAAUGUGUAAACUAGGACUUUUUUUGCGCACAACUACAGCUGUUUGCCAUAGGCUGCACUGAGCCUUUAUCCAUCAAUUUAGAACAAUAUAAUUCAGUAUUAUUGAACAUUAGUGAUUGUUUUAGGCUUUUGCAUGAUAACAUGCAUUUCCCUCUUCAUUCUCAUAUCUGUAUUCUCGAUGAGGUUGAAAAAGACACUACUAGACAAUGAUGUUCCAAUAUCAUCAUAAAUCUUCAUAUUUUGUAACAGGUUGUUCUGAGAUGAGUGGAAUGGAAACAUUAGCAUUAGUUAAAGUUGGCAUGAAUUGGAAUUUUACCCUAUUCUCUAAAUUCUUACUAUUAAGCAUUGUGAAUGAUUCAUCCAUGUAAAUGUUUUUGUUUUUUUUCUUCUUUUUUUGGCCUCGUACUUUUCAAUUUAAAUAUCAUAAAUCGAUUUUCCAGUGAAACAACAGUCGGAUAUACAUUAAUAGUCGGAUGUGCAUCACAAUUCGAGAAAAAGGAUCUUGCAAUAAACUUGAAUUCAUUAGGUAUCAUGAACAGUGACCGAUAUUUUUACAGCAUUAGUCUCAGAUGUUAAAGUUAACAUUUCAAGUUAUAUUAAUUAGCAUUAAUGUAUUAUGAACAAACAUGAAAUAACUACGAACAGUUGUACUGCAUGUUCAUAAAUCAACACUAAAAGGCUAUAAAAAUGUGAAUUUGUGAUACCUAAUGCAUUGGCCAGUGUUAACAAAUUGAACCUUACUGUAAAGUAAUUUUUAGUGCAGUUCAACUAUUUUGGGUUCUAUUUUGAUCAUUUUAUUACUGAUGUGCUUCAAGAUCUACCAAGCGUGUUUUUGACUCAAGAGAAUUGUGUGGCCUUUUUAUAGUUGGGUACAAAAAUAGCCCUGCUGUUUUCCCUCAUUCUCAUUCCUCUGUUUUCGUGCCAGCGGAGGUUGAAGACACUACCAGACAAUGAUGCUCCAAUUGCAUUGAUCUGUUUAGAACUUAUCAAACCUCCAUGUAAUGAAAGUGGCUGUUCAGAAGUGAGCUGAAUUAGUUAUUACAGUCCUAAUGAUAUACCACGUGCUUUUUUCAAGAGAAUCUUGUGCCUAUUUAUAGUUGGAUACAAAACUUACCCAGCUUUCCAAACACUCCAAAGUUGUUGAAUAAUGCAUAAUAGUAUGAGAGCAUACACACUGAAUAUUGUCACCCAGUUUGGUAUUAAAUAUUUAUAGUUGACAUUUUAUGUAGAUUAGGAAUCACUUAACAGCCAUCUGCAUUUCAUGGCUGUUUUUUAAAAUGGUAAUCAUGCACUCUGCCUGUCAUCAAAACAUGUAACAUACUAAAGUCCGUGUGUCAUGUAAAUAAAGUUAAAUGGUUCAUAUAGUACACUAGCAUUCAAAAGUUUGAGGUUGGUAAGAUUAUUUCAUUUUUUUAAAGAAGUCUUGUAUGCCCACCAAUGCUGCAUAUAUUUGAUUAAAAUAAAACAACAAUAAAAUUAAAUUAAAAACAGUAAUACUGUAAAAUAUUGUUACAAUUUAAGUUGACCAUUCUCUAUUUUAAUAUAUUAAUUAAUUUAACUAAAAAUAAAACCAUGGAAACAUUUUUUAAAUGUUAAUGAAAUUAUUUUUUUAAAUAAAAUGAAAUACUUCUUUAUUUUAGCUUAUUUCCAAGUCAAUGUAUAUCAUUUUCAUGUAGUUAAACCUGAAAUAACUAAAACUGAAAUAAAAAUGACUAUGAUAAAAAUGUAAAAGUAUAUCGACUAUAUAGUUUUAUAAUCUAUAUGUUUAGAAAAUUGCUAAAUUGCUUUAACUAUAAUUAAUGAAAGCAGCAAAUUAAAUAAAAUGUAAUUCAGAAUAUUAACAAAAACUAUAAUAGUAUCUUAAUGCUACAAAAAUUUCAGCAUUUAUUUCAAAUAGAAAUAUUUUGUAGCAUUAUACAAGCCUUUACUGGACCUUUUGAUUAAAUUAAUGCAUCUUUGCUAAAUAAAAGUAAAAAAAAAAAAAAAUCUUACCCCAAACUUUUGUACGGUAGUGUAUAUACUUAACUAUAUAUAUAUGUUUCAUCUGCUUAUUUGCAGUCACUUUACAAGUGCUCUGUCAACUCCUCAACCUCUGUAUAAAUAUACUACUGGAGCACUGCCAGUGGUUUAUGAUCUGCUUGUAAAAGUAUGCUGCUGCCAUUUUGAAUUGAGAGUGUUUCUGUGACUCUUAAAGUGUUAAUCAGGUUGUAUUCCAUGUGUUUUAUUGUCUUCGUCUGAUUUACCAUCUGUAAUCAGCCAGAGGUGUAAGUGACACACCUGCGCCAUCUCCCUCAUUAAAGUUUUUAUGCUUGAUUUAA